CUAAUAUUAGGAAUCACAAUCACACUGUUCUAUGUUUGUUUUUUCGUUUAUCACAGAGGCUAAUAUAUGACGUUGUUUCUCUCUAAAUUUCAGCAUAUCUUACUUCACUUUGACCAUUGAAGUUCGCAUACUCAGUGUUAUUGCUCUUCUACUUCGUUGGAGUCUAUUCUUGUUCUGCUUUUUGUGGCCAGACGUAACUGUCAAGGUUGGGUAAGAAGGGAGGAAAAGGAGAAACGCGAAAAUGUUCUUCCACAUAGUGCUGGAGCGAAAUAUGCAGCUCCAUCCACGCUACUUUGGUCGUAACCUUCGUGAUAACCUUGUUUCCAAGCUAAUGAAAGAUGUGGAAGGCACUUGCAGUGGUCGACAUGGAUUUGUGGUGGCAGUUACAGGGAUAGAAAACAUAGGGAAAGGGCUAAUUCGUGAUGGAACAGGGUUUGUGACAUUUCCAGUUAAGUACCAAUGUGUUGUCUUCAGACCAUUUAAGGGGGAGAUCUUGGAAGCUGUCGUCACCAUGGUGAACAAGAUGGGAUUUUUUGCUGAAGCUGGACCUGUACAAAUCUUUGUUUCCAACCACUUGAUUCCGGAUGAUAUGGAGUUCCAGUCUGGAGACAUGCCAAAUUACACUACUUCAGAUGGAUCUGUUAAGAUUCAAAAAGAUAGUGAAGUUAGACUAAAGAUAAUUGGGACUCGAGUGGAUGCUACUGAAAUUUUCUGCAUAGGUACCAUAAAAGAUGAUUUCUUGGGUGUGAUCAACGACCCUGCAACAGUUUAAAUACCCCUUUCUGUACUCUUUUAUCGUAUAUAGUUUACAUGACUUGGGUUUUCCCACCUUGAAUCCUCCAACAAUAUUGUGUUGUAUUAGUCGACUGUUAAAAGUACCAAGUCGUUAAAUUUUGGUUCCAGAAUUAAUAUUCAACUCCACAAGUAAUUUUAGGUGUGUGUAAUAGCUUCAAAUUUAGAGGAAAUUACAUUUUUAUUUUUAUUUCAAAUUUUGCUCGA